AAACGUAGUCACUUUUUGUCUGCAUAUUCACGUUAGGAGUUCAGGUUUUUGCUUUGCAGCAUGAAGCUCUGGGCUACACUCGCUGUUCUCGGGCUCCUGGUAAUGGGGACAUGGGCGCAAGUGGUGAUGCCCACCAUCAGCUUACCUCCCUGUGAUGCCCCAGAGGCUGAAGCAGCGGCUCUGGUGGCAGAGAAAUUCCUCAAUGCUCAGCACACUCACGGUUACAAAUAUGCUCUGAAUCAAAUUGACAAAAUUAAGAUCGUUUCCACGCCCGGUAAACCAGACAUUUAUCGCUUGGAGUUGGACUUUCUGGAAACUACGUGCCACGUCUUAGAUCCGACACCAGUGAGCCAAUGCCCAGUCAGACAGAAGCGUCAAACGGCAGUUGAGGCAGAUUGUGAUUUUGCCCUCUCAAAUACAACUCAAGGCCUGGCUGUUGUGUCAUUCAAGUGCAAAACUGAAUUAGAGUCUUUUGAAGACAUAUGCCUCGGCUGUCGCCAGCUUAUUGCUUUAAAUGAUACAGAUGGUGUCCAGCUCAUCAGAGCCUCCUUAGAUGACUUUAAUAAAAAUCACACUUUAAACACAAAAUUCUCACUUUUUGAAAUCGGAAGAAUAGCAUCCCAGGUUGUUUCGGGAGGGAACAGAUACUUUGCAGAAUACGCCAUUAUUGCCACAAACUGUACAAGUCAUGAUGAAGAUGUUUGCAUCCCCCAGAAUCACGCCACUGCUAUCCAUGGCUUCUGUCAGGCUGAAGGUUCUGCCAAUCUCAACCAAGUGGCCUGCAAAAUCUUCGAUGCAACCCAAGCAGCCAACGCCACAGUGCCAGUCCAACCAGCUCUACAUGCACACACCUCUGGACCUCAUUAUGAUCCAGCCGUCCACGCCGACAAACAUCACAAGGUGACACGGCUGCACGACCCCGCGGCCACAGGCCUGCUCUCUGCAGAAUCUGCUGAAUCAGCAGAGUUAGUCGUGCCAAAGGCAGCACCUGUUGUAAAGAGGGAGGUUGCCCAAGAACCUGCAGAUGCAGCAGUGCCAGAGGCAAAUGCACCAGCGCCAGAUGCACCAGCGCCAGAUGCACCAGCGCCAGAUGCACCAGCACCAGAUGCACCAGCGCCAGAUGCACCAGCGCCAGGUGUACAAACACCACCCAUUCCACCAGCGCCAGUGCUCGUUCUGCCUGUCUGUCCAGGGAUGAAGAAACAUUUCUGAGCUGCUCAAGAGCUUCAGUGAACCAAGCUAUUUAGAUAACAAUAUUGUGCCAUGUUAUAGCGAGCUGUAUGCUGAACUUAUAACUGCAGUCUGUCAGAGGUAAAUGUUUUAUAUCAAAGCAGGUAAAUGUAAUAAGAAAGGAUAGCCGUAAUAUAUCUGUCAAACAGUAACAUCAUGUAAAUUAAAACUAUUUAUCUGUGAUGUAAUAAAAUGUUUAUCUUGAUCAAACCGGGCUAAAAGUCAAGACAAACACAGUGAUGUUUUUCA